CCUGCGGUUGUUUUCUGACGCUAGGAGCCAGGAUAGAGGCUCGCCGUCAGAACGAAGCAGCGUCUGCGCUGCGCGGGGAGGGAGCGAGGGGGGGGGGGGCGGCCGGGGUGGCAGCAGUCGGGCAGAUCCAGGAUGGAUUCGCGGGUGUCAGAACUAUUUGGGGGCUGCUGCCGGCCCGUGGGGGGUGGCAACGGUGGGAGCCUGCGAGGCCGCGGUGGCAGCGGCUCUGGUGGCGGGUCUUCCAAGGGGAGGAAAAAGAACGGGCGACACCGCGGAGGGAAGGCCAACAACCCGCCGUACCUGCCGCCGGAGGCAGAAGAUGGAAACAUAGAAUACAAGCUGAAACUAGUUAAUCCUUCCCAGUACCGCUUUGAACAUCUAGUAACGCAGAUGAAGUGGCGUCUACAAGAAGGCCGUGGUGAGGCAGUGUACCAGAUUGGUGUAGAAGACAACGGGCUGCUGGUGGGACUGUCUGAAGAGGAGAUGCGCGCCUCUCUCAAAACACUGCGACGGAUGGCUGAGAAAGUGGGAGCUGAUAUCACUGUGCUACGUGAAAGAGAGGUGGAUUAUGAUAGUGACAUUCCCAGGAAGAUAACUGAGGUUCUUGUCCGAAAGGUCCCAGAUAACCAGCAGUUCUUAGAUUUGCGAGUGGCUGUGCUUGGGAAUGUGGAUUCAGGCAAGUCAACUCUACUAGGUGUCCUGACACAGGGAGAGCUGGAUAACGGACGAGGCAGAGCUCGUCUCAAUCUGUUCCGGCACCUGCAUGAGAUCCAGUCAGGGAGGACAUCCAGCAUUAGCUUUGAAAUCCUUGGCUUCAACAGCAAAGGAGAGGUAGUAAACUACAGUGACUCACGAACAGCUGAGGAGAUCUGUGAGAGUUCCUCCAAGAUGAUCACCUUCAUUGACUUGGCUGGCCAUCACAAGUACUUGAAAACCACCAUCUUUGGACUUACAAGUUACUGCCCAGACUUCGCCAUGCUGGUGGUUAGCGCCAAUACUGGAAUUGCAGGUACAACCCGAGAGCAUCUAGGCUUGGCUAUGGCCCUCAAGGUCCCUUUCUUCAUAGUCAUUAGCAAAGUGGACUUGUGCUCAAAAGCCACUGUGGAACGGACAGUGAAGCAGCUGGAGAGGAUCCUGAAGCAGCCUGGUUGCAACAAGCUCCCCUUGCUAGUAACAUCAGAUGAUGAUGCUGUCACAGCAGCACAGCAGUUUGCCCAGUCUCCUAACAUCACUCCAAUCUUCACCUUAUCCAGUGUUUCUGGAGAGAACCUGGAUCUCUUGAAAGUUUUCCUCAACAUUCUUCCUCCUCUUACAAACAGCAAAGAGCAAGAAGAUCUAAUGCAGCAGCUUACUGAAUUUCAGGUGGAUGAAAUCUACACAGUACCUGAGGUGGGCACUGUUGUUGGAGGAACUCUGUCAAGUGGAAUAUGUAGAGAGGGAGAGAAUCUGGUGGUUGGUCCAACUGAUGAUGGCAAAUUCCUCCAGCUGAAAGUGUGCAGUAUCCAGCGGAACCGUUCAGCAUGCCGUGUACUUCGGGCUGGGCAAGCUGCUACACUUGCUCUUGGACACUUUGAUCGCUCACUACUGCGCAAAGGAAUGGUGAUGGUAAGCCCAGAGAUGAACCCUACCAUUUGCUCAGUGUUUGAAGCUGAAAUUGUUCUGCUCUUCCAUGCCACAACUUUCCGGAAGGGAUUCCAAGUAACAGUGCAUGUUGGCAAUGUGCGGCAAACAGCAAUUGUGGAAAAGAUCCAGGGAAAGGACAAGCUGCGGACAGGAGAAAAGGCUGUGGUUCGUUUCAGAUUCAUUAAACAUCCUGAGUAUUUGAAGAUAGGAGCCAAGCUUCUGUUCCGUGAAGGAGUUACCAAAGGUAUUGGACAUGUCACAUAUAUCCAAGCGAUCACCACUGGAGAGAACGGCUUAGAAGAAGGCCUAAGCUCUGGGCUAGUCAGUUUCUGACUUGCAUGAGAUCUGUGAGAUCUCCUCAUGAUAGCAAUAGAGGAAGGGAAGCAGCCUCCUCCGAGCCACUGUCCAGAGCUGCUGCUGGCCAGUCUUUUUACAUCAUCACAUUUCUUCUGUACUGCAGAGGAUUCCUGAACCGAGUGCUCUGGAGCAAGUUAAGCAUGUUUGUACCUUACCUGCUGCUUUCAUAUCCCUGCUUUCCCUGAAGUAGACAAGAGGGGCUGCAUCUUUGCCAGGCCUGUCAACACCUGAUUUUGUUUACUUUGGUUGGAAGUUAUUUCUGAGGGCAGGGUGAGUGUAUUGGAUUGUACCUGAGGAAUUCUGCCACCCUUAAGGCAGCAAUAGUUGACCCAUUCUCCCUGCUGGGCUCAGUCCCUGUAUUGUCCUGUUCUUUGCCUUUUCAGAUUGUCACAGAUGAGCUGUACAGCUGAAAGUUUUGCACUGCCCACAAUACAGCUCAGGACCUUUCUAAUCAUUUUAAAAUUGUUUUUGGUUUCAUUUUAAUCUGCUAGUUCCUCAAUUUUAAUUUGUGUGCUGAAUUUUAGUAGCCUAAUUUCCACUAAAUUUUUAAAGGGCUGGUAUGGGGCAGGAACAUCUCCCUGAGAAAACCUUUAUCUGAUAAUAACAGUACACACUUUCUCCCAAUAUCAUGACCUUGAAGUUGUUCUUUCCCUCAUCAACAACUACUUGCUUCCGCAGUAGAGCUGACAAAAGUGUCCUAUAUGUGAAGGGGUUUCCCGAAGGAAUUCUAGCCAAGUAUGGUGAUCUCAUGCCUCUCAAUAUUUGCUGGCUGUUUCAUAAGCUGAGGUUCUGCUGUUGGCUUUAUGUUCUGAUCAGCUUUAGGCACCCAAGCCUAAUGUGUUCCUUGAGAGACCUGCCUUAAUUUGAUAUGGUCAAACCAGUAAGAGCUGCUUGGCCAUCCCAGGAAAGCUUGACACAUGACUGCAAUUAUUAUGACUCCAGUUCAGCCUUGCUAACCAUCUCUAUAUCUAAAAUAUACAAGUGCAGCUAUAGCCCCAGAAUGUGUGGUGUAGGACAGUUUUCAGGCAUACUGACAGCUGUGCCUCUUCAAGGGAGAAAAUUGGUAACAAUGUUUUUGCUUAAUUAUUCCUAUAUCUUUUAGCUACUGAUACAGUAAGUGUUGAAGUAGCCAAGAAUUAACAUGGCAGUGAAAAUGGCCUGUAUUAAGACACUCCUCAUUCUGUUACCAUGUUUUGCUUUAUCUUUGUUCUAUUCAGUGCAGAUAUUUUUGGAUCACUGAUAGAGCCAUGCAGAUAAACAGCUUAUUUAUGAUUUUUAAAAAGAAAACUGGAACCCUUGAUUGCUUUCCUUCCUGAUGAUGCUCCUUUCAUUUUCACUGUGGACAUUCGCCCUCAUUUAAUGGGAGAGGAGAAAGACAGCAGUUAAUUUAAUCUAAAUAUUAGCUUAGAAGAUAGUAUCUUUUCUGACUCUCCCUUAAAAGAUCAGCAUGGUCCCAUGUGCACAGCACUUUUGAUUGCACUUAAGAAACUGGCCUAACAGAUCCCUCUAUCAGGUUUGAUGUGGUCACCAAGCUGCCCUGUACAAAGGAGUGCUUUAGCAUCACUGAGUUACAGUGAACUGCUUCAACUGCAAACAUUCAGGGUGCUGUUUUGACCCUUGUAAAAGCUGACACUUUGUUGUCUACCCUUGCCUUCUGUUGUGAGUAUUCUCAGUGCCAUGCUUUUCAUGUUCACUGUUUGUGUGGAUUCUUUAAAAGGAGGGAGCUGUUUUCAUCUCCUGUUUAUAUAUAUAAUGUACAAAAUAAAGAUGUUUUAUUGAAUAAUAA